UUCAAAUACGAAAAUCAAAAAAAAAAAAUGUCCACCUCCAUCAUUUUUCACCGCCGGCGCCGCAGUCACCGCCUCCGGCAGCCAUGUACGAUGGAGACGGCGACGAUGAGUCAACCCCAGGUUUGGCUAAACGAUUUUACUCACUUGAAUCGAGUCAUAGGAAGCUUGAAGAACAGUUCAAUGUUUUAUUGCAAGAAAAAAAGAUAGAUGAUUCAUUGAAAAUGGAUGAUUCAGAUGAGAAAUUAAUGGAUUCAGGUGAAAUGGGGUUUCGUGUUCCUGGGUUUUUUUCUACUGGAAGUCCGUAUAGGAAUGUGUUGAAUCAUAUGGGUCAUGCUGUUCAUGUUAGUAGAGCUAGUACAGGGGAGAUAAUAUAUUGGAAUCGAUCUGCUGAAAGACUUUAUGGUUAUAAGGAGCAUGAAGUACUUGGACAGAUGACCACUGAGUUCCUUAUAUGUGAAGAGUAUCAUCAACUGGUAAGGAUUGCCAGGGAAAGAUUGCGCUAUGGACAAUCAUGGUCCGGUCUGUUUCCUUGUAAGAAGAGGCAUGGUCAGAUAUUUAUGGCAAUGUUGACAAAGAGCCCAUUGUACGAGAAUGGAGAGCUUUUUGGUAUUAUCACUGUCUCGAAUGAUGCAGCUUCAUUCACUAAUACAAACUCAAGCGACACAAGUUCCCAUGAGGACAAUGGUGAACCCGGUGCUCGGGAAAUAAAUUUCAAAAGGAUUCAAUGGAAUCAACGACCACAAAUUGCAUCCUCUGUUUCAAAUCUGGCCUCGAAAGUUUUCUCACUGAAGCGUGGAGAAGAUGCAUCUGCAGAAGUGAGCUCUAGGGAUGAGGCUGAUUUAGACACCAAAGAAGGAAAACCACUGAAGCCACCCAGAGCACCAGCUACACGGCUGAGUUUCAGUUUGCUUGGUGGGAAGAAUAGAGCUAACACAGAGAGCUCUGAGAAGGAUGAAUCUUCAUUUGACAUCUCUCAGCCUUCCAAAUUUGCGGCAAAGGUUAUGUCAAAGCUGAAUAUUGCAGGAUUUGGGCACAUUAAUAAAGAGAAGGGUCACCAGAACGGGGAUGACGAUACUCCUGUUGUUGAGAAUGUAGCUGAACCACAUUCAUCAGCGGCAUCAAAUUCUACAGGAAAAUAUUGUCACUUUGUUGAUGCACAUCAUCACCUCCAGAAAAACCAGAAAGGAAGUUAUCAUCCAGGAAGAACAUGUGCCCCUACAACUGGGCAUGAUGGUCCUGGAGGGUCCUCCUCAAAAAACUCCGACAAAUUUCCCGAGGCACUUGAAAUUCCUGAACAGAUUCCAGGAUCAUGUAUGAGUGAUGAACACCAGCAAUCACCUAAGUCAGGUGGGAGCACAGAUAGCUAUGGGAAUUCAUCAUUCAAAGUUGAAAAUGAGUCGAGUUUGAUAGUAGAUUGUGCAAUUUUAUGGGAAGACAUAAGCCUAAAGGAGGAAAUUGGACGAGGUUCAUAUGGUGUUGUGUAUCAUGGAAUCUGGAAUGCGUCGGAUGUUGCUGUUAAGGUUUACUUUGGGAAUCAAUGCAGUGAGGAAACAUUGCUCGAGUACAAAAAGGAGGUUGAAAUAAUGAAAAGACUCAGGCAUCCUAACGUGUUGCUAUUCAUGGGGGCUGUGUAUUCUCAAGAAAAAUCUGCCAUCAUCACAGAGUUUUUACCCAGGGGAAGUCUUUUCAAAACACUCCAUGGAAAUAAUCAUUUAUUAGACUUCAGACGGCGUCUUAGGAUGGCCCUCGAUGUGGCAAGAGGUAUGAAUUAUUUGCAUCGCCGGAACCCACCUAUUGUACAUAGAGACCUUAAGUCAUCAAACCUGCUUGUUGAUAAAAGUUGGACCGUCAAGGUAGGAGAUUUUGGCCUAUCAAGAUUUAAAGAUUCAACCUUUUUAACAACAAAAUCUGGUCGAGGGACGCCUCAGUGGAUGGCUCCUGAAGUACUUCGAAAUGAACCUUCAACAGAAAAAUCUGAUGUCUUCAGUUUUGGUGUGAUCUUAUGGGAAUUAAUGACCGAAUCUAUUCCAUGGAACAACCUUAAUUCUUUACAGGUUGUAGGAGUUGUCGGAUUUAUGGAUCGUAGAUUGGAAAUUCCGGAACAUCUUGAUACUCGAGUAUCUACAAUCAUCCUCGAUUGUUGGCAAAGCAAUCCAGCAAUCCGUCCAUCGUUCCAAGACAUAAUCCAAAGAACGACAGACAUAAUUCUCUCGUUUACAGGAUCAACGACAGCUAGGAAGAACAUAGGGACAUAAUAUCAAACACGAAUCGACAGGUUUUUUUCCAGAUAACAACUUAGCAGGAGUUCACUUGUGUAAGUGAAUUAGCAAUACAUGAGGCAUCACAACUUUGUUUCUUUUUCUUUGACAUUUUUUUUCUUGUUUUUUAAAGUUAAAAGGGUAAGGAGUUCCAUUUACCCUGAUAGUGAAUGGAUGUUAGAAAGCAUAUAUGUUCUAAUCCCUAGUUUUUUAGAAUAUAUAUAGUGUGUAGGCAAGUUUCGCUGGAAAAUUACACUGUGUAGAUAGGCGAACUUUUUUGAAAAGAAAUAUUUAUUAUUCUUUUACGUAUGUAUAGAACUUUCUUGAUUUCUUUA